AGAACUAAAAAAAAAGUAAAAAAAAUUGAAUCGACGCUGCAAGGAGGAGCUUGUGACUUGUGAGGUGUUUUCCGAACAAAAAUGCAAAAAAUGGGAAUUUUGGGAGGAAGAAGGUGGUUAAGCAGGGGCUUUUCUUCGAACCCAUUGCGUGUGUGUGUUGUUGGAAGUGGCCCUGCUGGCUUCUACACUGCCGAGAAGAUGUUGAAGACGCACCAACAAGCACAAGUUGAUAUCAUAGACAGGCUACCCUCGCCUUUUGGAUUGGUCCGCUCCGGUGUUGCACCCGAUCACCCUGAAACAAAGAUUGUUAUCAACCAGUUUUCAAAGGUGGCACAGCAUGAACGAUGCUCAUUUUUGGGGAAUGUGACUCUUGGUUCCAGCAUUUCUCUCUCUGAAUUACGCGAGCUUUAUCAUGUGGUUGUCCUUGCAUAUGGUGCUGAAAGUGAUAGAAGUCUUGGUAUUCCGGGGGAGAAUUUGAAAGGUAUACAUUCAGCUAGAGAGUUUGUUUGGUGGUAUAAUGGGCACCCAGAUGGGCGAAAUCUUGAGCCAGACCUUAAGAGCACUGAUACAGCUGUAAUCCUUGGCCAGGGAAAUGUUGCUUUAGAUGUUGCAAGGGUUCUUUUACGACCUACUACAGAGUUAGCAACAACUGAUAUUGCCAAUCAUGCUUUGGCUGCUCUGGAGGAGAGCUCUAUCAGGGUGGUUUAUUUGGUUGGAAGACGUGGUCCAGCCCAAACAGCUUGUACUGCAAAAGAACUGCGUGAAAUUCUUGGUAUUCAUAAUGUUGAUAUUUUAAUUCAGGAAUCUGAUCUACUUUUAACCCCAGUUGAUGAGGAAGAACUUAAGAGUAACCGAAUAAAGAGAAGAGUUCAUGAGUUGCUAUCUAAGGCUGCUACCUCAAAACCUAAACAUGCCAGUUUGAACCAACGUGAGCUCCAUUUUGUCUUCUUCCGUAAGCCAGAUAGUUUUCAAGAGUCUGAAGACAGAGCUAACCAUGUUUCUGGCGUGCACUUUGAGAAAACAGUUCUUAAAGGUGUUAGCCCUGGAAAACAGAUUGCCGUGGGUGCUGGAGAAUUUGAAGAUAUAAAAUGCGGGUAUUAUCUCAUUGAGGAGAUCAUAUACAAUUACCAAGAUUCUUGGAUGGUACUUAAGAGCAUUGGUUACAAAUCAGUACCAGUUGAUGGCUUGCCUUUUGAUCAUAAAAAAGGUAUAGUUCCAAAUGAUAGAGGUCGAGUGUUGAGUGACACUUCAGAUCCUUCGGUUCUUGAAAAGGGCUUGUAUGUAUGUGGUUGGCUGAAGAGAGGACCAAGCGGAAUUAUUGCCACAAACCUAUAUUGUGCAGAAGAAACUGUUUCGAGCAUAUCAGAAGACCUUGAAAAAGGAGGGUUGAUUUCAUCAUCAGCCAUGCCAAAACCAGGCAGGGACGGACUUCUCCAGCUUCUGCAUGAUAGAAAUGUCAGAACCGUUUCAUUCAGUGAUUGGGAAAAGAUAGACUCUGAAGAAAGGAGGCUUGGAAGUUCAAGGAACAAACCUAGGGAAAAACUAACUACCUGGGAUGAACUAUACAAAACUACCUCACAAUGAAUCAACUAUUUCACGUGUUACUUCAUUGUUUUAGCUUCAUGAUCGGAUACACCAAGAACUAUACAAAACUACCUCACAAUGAAUCAAUAAUUGAAAGAAACUGAGCACAUUUGUUGAAGUCUUCCUCUUUUUUAUGUUGUAAUGUCCCAUUUUAUUUUAUUAUUAUUUUAAAAGGGGUAUCCCUUUAAAGAAUUCUUUUAGAUUUAAUUUUAUGUUCCAAAUUGCAUGGUUAUUCUAAAUUUGAAUAGUAACCUGUGGAGCAGUGAUAAUUGUAUGGUUAUUGUCUUACUGAAAUUCUUAA